GACAGUUCUGAUUCUGACGUUUUUAGAAAUUGACAUUUUGAUUCUUUCCAAGAUGUUGACUUUUUUUCAUCAUAAGAUUCAUAAGUAACUAUUUGGUUGAGGUUUAUUUAAAUAAUUAUCAAUAAACUUCCAAAAAACUCAGAAUGGCGGAAAGCAAUGCCAUGUCCAGUAGAAUUUUACGUACAAUAGAAAGUAUUAUUAAAAAUGACCAUGAACUGCAAGAAUUUACGAUUAUUCCUACAGAAGAUAAUACCAAAAACAAAUCCCCAGUUCUUUAUCUAGAACACAACUUAGGCUUGGAAUCGUGGUGUAUUAAACAUGUCUACCAAUAUGCCUGUUCAGUAUUAUUCGAACACAAACUACAACUGUCUCGAAGAAAAGUACCUUAUUCUGAAAUGGAAAAACUGAAUCAGUUCCUCAUUGGAGCUAUAUUAAUCAACCCAGAUGUGGGGACCUUUUGGAACAUGAAGAGGGAACUGGUUGAAAGAGAUGUGUUGAAAGUAGAGGAUGAAUUAAAUUUCAGUAAAAUCGUUUUGAGCCAUAAGAGCAAAUCUAAUGAAGCCUUUGCCUACAGACGGUGGUUGUUAAGCAGAGUUUUGGAUAAAAUGGCUACAAAUAAUUUGGAAGUUCCUUUAAAUAUUUUGCAAACUGAAUUUUCAGUUGCCGAUAUGGCUUCCUUAAAAUCUCCAAAUAAUUAUCAUAGUUGGAAUCAUCGAAUAUGGUGUAUGGAAAAUAUAGGGUCACAUUAUAACAAUGUGAGUCAUAUUGUAUUUUCAGAACUGAGUUAUAGUCAAGAAUGGAUAAACAACCAUAUUUCUGAGCACGCAGGUUACCAUUAUAGACAAUAUUUGAUCAAAUUGGUAAAAGAACACAAAAAAAUUGUUACACUCUUUGAAUCAUUCUACAAUUUCGUCGUUAAAACUUUAUUAAACACAACAAACGAUGGCGAUUGUGGAAAUCUUUUGACUUAUCUGCUAGGAAAGCCAAAUCGGACAAGGUUGUUAGAAGAAACGUGCUCCUACGUAAACUACAUCUCCAUCCUGCUGUACGAUUUCGUCGUCCUCGUCGACAAACUGAACAAAGUAUUUCCUGAACAUGAAGCACUAUUCUCUCACAGAAAGUUUCUCGCGUACCACCUCCUUAAAGUCCCUUGCGACUAUCACGGCAUCGAAUUUAAAACGAAACUCGAUCAAGAUAAGGGCUUGCACGUGAUCGACGGCAAAAACAUAACGGAAUCCGAUGCCGUCAUCAACGUAAAAAGUGACUGCGAGUCCGACAGAUGGCCUAAGUUGUUCAAAGUGUCGCCGAGCAAAAGCGAAAUAUACAAUCUGUAUGGGAUCGUGUCGAAUUGCGAGAAAAAUUUCGCUUCCCAGAAUUAUAGCGUACUACAAUUGGCCAAGUAUCGCAAAUGGUUGGCGCACGUUGUUGGUUUUGAGUGAUAUUCUCGAUAAAACGAUUUUCGAUAGAUUUAUAGCGUUGAUGGCUGGAUCAUAGAGGUGCCAAUUCAUGAUAUUAGCGAAGGAAUAUUAUAUUUAAUUUAACGCCGAGUAUGUAUUGGUAGAAAAGUAAUGCUUAAUGAACAGAAAUGUAGUUUUUUUUUUAUUUAUGAUUAUGAGUUUAAUUUAGAUAUUUUGUAGUUAAAUCUGGCUUUGCAGCAACUAAAAAAUUUACUUAAUCUUUUUUUAUAUGUUUAUGCAGUUAAGUUUUUAAUUCAGCUUCUGCUCUCGUAAUUGGCCAAUUAUUAAAUACGUCUUUAUUCAAUUUUCAAAAUAUUUAUCUACAGGUAAUUCUCUUCCCGUUGUCGUCAGUAUUUAUUUAGGUAACAAUAGCCCAGAGCUGUCCUGCUCAGUCAUGAGAUGGGUGAGUUAUUUAUUUUUGCAAUUAGGGCUGG